AAAUGGAGGAACCGGCAGGAGACGAGACGACAGAGGGAUUGAUUCAAGAUUGUAAAGGGCCGGUGUUAGCCUCGCAAUACAGUAUUAUUAAACUUAUUCUUGCACAUCUUCCCAUGCAUCAACUAAAACAGUGUAAACAGGUUUGCCAAAAUUGGAAAGAUGUUGCAAACAUUAUCUGCAGAGAAAGAGAGCGGUUUCCCCCCAAGUCCUUCUACUGGGAAGGAAUAAAGGAGAAUUACUCUAAGAAGGAUUCCAAGUAUCCCUGGGACUAUAAACAUCCGGAGUUUUUUGACACCCCAUCUCACAAAAAGGGUGGGUAUACACUCCUGGAUUUUAGACACUUCUCUCCUUUCACGAACAUUUCCUGAAGCUCAAAUUAUCGGGACCUCUGUCAGGGGAAUUAUCGGUACAACAGAGAAUUUAAAGGCAGAUGGAACAACAGAACUUGUGUCUCAUGAAAAGGAGAGUGCUGGGCUUUGGGUAGGAUACAUCCAU